AUGGGGCGCGGCAAGCCCGCCCCCGGCCAAGGGAAGAGGCAGCGCCACGGGCCGCAGCUCUCCAAGGCGAUGCGUCGGGAGCUGGACGAGAUGGGGCCUGGCCCUGCCCGCGGCUCCGACGAUGAGGAGGGGUCUGACGAGGUGGCUGAGGACGUGUACGAGUACGAGGAAGGGGUGCCCGAGGAGGAGGCCGGCAAGAACGGCCGCUACGACGCCGUCGCCAAGUACGAGUACAAUUUCGACAGCGACGCCUCCGAUGCGGAUGAGGAUGUGCCUUCGGACGAAGGCGAGGAUAUGGAGGAAGAUGACAAUGACGACGGUGAUGACGAGGACAAGCAGAUAAGAAUACUUCAGGAGACGACCGGAAUGCCCAGAGAAGCCUUCGACGGAAAGAAGAGGAAACAGCCAUUGGAGCUGCCCCUGCAGCAUGGUGAUGGGGAUGGACCUGUCACAAUUCAUGAUCUCUUGGACAAUGUCCAGGGAAAACCUGGGUAUAGCAAGAUCCGUAAGAGGCUGCAUCAGCAGGAGAAAAAGCCGAUGGUCGUGCUAGCCCCACUUCCAAAAGUAGAGAGGGACAAGAUUGAGCGCAGCGUGACGUUUCAGAAAUCCAAGAAUGAGCUAACAAAGUGGGAAGGAAUUGUUAAGACUAACAGGGAAGCUCCUGUACUAUACUUUGAAAAUGAUACCAACUUGGGUGUGAACACUGUUGCGGCAAUUGCUAGCGAAUUUCAACCAAGGACUGAGUUUGAGAAGAGGAUUGCUGAGAUUACGCAAAGCACUGAAAUAAUAGAAGCACACAAGAACGAUGGUGCCAAAAUCCUGGAACUUAACAAGAUGCGCAGCCUUCUAUUUCGCCAUGAGAUGAAAGCAAAGCGUGUGAAAAAGAUCAAGUCCAGGACAUAUCACCGGAUGUUGAAGAAGGACAAAUUGAAGGCAGCAUCAGCAGAUUUCGAGGCAGAUCCUGAAGCUGUCAAAGAUCAUGCUAGGAAACAAGAAUUUAAACGGGCAGAGGAAAGGAUGACAUUAAAGCACAAGAAUACAUCACAAUGGGCAAAGCGAAUCAUCAAGCGUGGAUUGUCUGUUCAAGAUGAAGGCACCCGAGCUGCUAUUGCAGCACAGCUCCAACAAAAUACUCUUCUGACUAGAAAAAUGAAUUCCAUGAAAGAUGAUUCUAGUAGUGAAGAAAGUUCAGAUGACGAUGAAGGCGAGAGUGACUCAGAAGCAAAAAUCUUAAACAGAGGGAAAGAAAAGAUUCUUAAAGCUCUUGAAGAAGACAAUGAGAUACCGAAUUCUGGAGUUUUUUUCGUUGCCUUUCAUGGUGCGUUUUCAUUACGCAUGCUGUCUGUGCAUUUGUUUAGAAAAAAAGAGCGUGCUAUGAAAAGGCGUGAGGAUGCAACUUAUGAGGAAGCACGACAGGCUCUUGAAGAAUACGAUGAUUCCUUGAAGAAAUUGGAGGAGAAUAACACUGAACAGAAUGAAGACUCAAUCAAGAGCUUUAAUGAUAUCAUAAAAAAUCCUGGUUCUAAGACAACUUUUGAAGUUGGAAUGUUAGCUGGUGAUUCAUGGAAGAAGGUCAAAAGUAAUAAAGGAAAUGGCCAGAGCAAUGGCAAUGGCAUUACCAAUAAAUCCAAAUUACCAGUUCCUUCUAUUGUAGACCCAAAGCAUAAGCAACAGGAUCGCAAUUCUGAUUCAGAUUCUGAGGAAGAGAUGGUUGAGGGCUUCUUGACUAUCUCUGACAGAAAGGAGAACUAUGAACUUCCAUCGCAAGCUGAUCUCAUACGUCAGGCUUUUGCUGGUGAUGAUGUUGAAGCUGAAUUUGACAAAGACAAAAUGGAUGUUUUAAAUGAGGAGAAUCCUGAACCUGAAAAGCCUGCUCUUGUUCCUGGCUGGGGCCAGUGGACAGACAUCCAACAGAAAAAAGGACUUCCCUCAUGGAUGAUAAAAGAACAUGAAGUUGCUAAAAGAAAUAGACAAGAAGCCUUGAAGAGGAGGAAGGACUCGAAGCUUAAGCACGUCAUUAUUUCUGAACAUGUAGAUAAGAAGGUUGAAAAGUAUUUAGCAAGGAAUUUGCCUUUCCCUUUCACGUCGAAAGAUGCAUAUGAGCAGAGCAUCCGAAUGCCUAUUGGGCCUGAUUUCAACCCAGUGAUAUCGGUUUCUGCUCUCAAUCGACCUGCGAUUGUUAAGAAGCCCGGUGUUAUCAUCAAACCAAUACAAUAUGAGGAGGUCAAUCCCCAUGAGAAGCCUGAUGAACCAAAACGAGUCAUUCAGAGAGCAACCCCAAACUGGAAUGCAAAGAAAGCCUUUGCCAAACAAGGAAAGGGGGCAACUUCACAAAAGAGAAAGUGA